CCUCCCGGAAGUGCGGCGGGAGCGGGAGCGGGGCCGUGCGGAGCCGGGAGGUGCCGAGCGCGGGGCGGGCACGGCCGGGAGCAGCGGGACUCGGCGCGGGCAGCGAUGCGGCUCCGCCGCCGCCCGGGCUCGCCGCCUUUGCCUCCCGCCGGGCGCCGGUGACCGUCACAGCGUCCCCGCCCCGGCGGAAUGAGCCCCGCCGCGCCGCCCCGCCAGCGCCGCGAUCCGGAGAAUUGCUGAAGCUUGGAUUGCUCUCUUGAUACUAUAAGCCUGCAAUAAGUGGCAAUGUCAAGGGUUCCCACCCCACCUCCUCCUGGGGAGAUGUCCAGUGGACCUGUGGCUGAAAGCUGGUGUUACACACAGGUUAAAGUAGUAAAAUUUUCAUACAUGUGGACCAUUAAUAACUUCAGUUUUUGCCGUGAAGAAAUGGGUGAAGUUUUAAAGAGUUCUACAUUUUCAUCAGGGCCAAAUGACAAAAUGAAGUGGUGCCUGAGAGUGAAUCCAAAGGGAUUAGAUGAUGAAAGCAAAGACUACUUGUCAUUGUAUUUGCUUUUAGUCAGUUGUCCAAAAAGUGAAGUCAGAGCAAAAUUCAAAUUUUCCCUGCUGAAUGCUAAAAGAGAAGAAACAAAAGCAAUGGAAAGCCAAAGAGCAUAUCGAUUUGUGCAAGGCAAGGACUGGGGGUUUAAGAAAUUUAUCCGAAGAGAUUUUUUACUAGAUGAAGCUAAUGGUCUUCUACCAGAUGACAAGCUUACAUUAUUUUGUGAGGUAAGCGUGGUCCAAGACUCAGUAAAUAUAUCAGGACAGUCUAAUACAAACACUUUGAAGGUACCUGAAUGUCGACUAGCAGAAGAUUUAGGGAAUCUCUGGGAAACAACAAGAUUUACAGAUUGCAGUUUUUAUGUAGGAGGACAAGAAUUCAAAGCUCAUAAAUCUGUCCUUGCAGCAAGAUCUCCAGUUUUUAAUGCAAUGUUUGAACAUGAAAUGGAGGAAAGCAAAAAGAAUCGUGUAGAAAUAAAUGAUGUAGACCCUGAAGUUUUUAAAGAAAUGAUGAGAUUCAUUUACACAGGAAAAGCACCAAACCUUGAAAAAAUGGCUGACAAUUUGUUGGCAGCUGCAGACAAAUAUGCACUGGAACGGCUGAAGGUGAUGUGUGAGGAGGCACUCUGUAGUAACCUCUCGGUAGAAAAUGUUGCUGACAUUCUUAUCCUCGCAGAUUUGCACAGCGCUGAACAGCUAAAAGCACAAGCAAUAGACUUUAUUAACAGGUGCAGUGUUCUUAGACAACUUGGGUGUAAAGAUGGGAAAAACUGGAAUAGCAACCAAGCAACAGACAUAAUGGAAACUGCAGGCUGGAAGUCCAUGAUCCACUCCCACCCUCACUUAGUAGCCGAGGCCUUUCGCGCUCUGGCGUCUGCACAGUGUCCACAGUUUGGCAUUCCACGCAAGCGGCUAAAACAGUCCUGAAAUCUUCCAUGAACUCUAGAGAAAUUGGACUGACUCCACUCCUCCUUGUCCAGAGGUGUUUUCACAAACCAUAACAAGAGUUUUUGUUAUCCUUGUCCACAGAACAGAAGCUGAAAAAGCCUAUUGUUUGCUUUUCAGAUGGAUAAUUUAUGGUUUAAUCCUCAGCUUUAAAUUAGACUGAUUACUCUAAUUCACUGAAAGGCCUUAAAUUAUCUUCAAUGACUCUCUAGUCCAUAUAGUCUAAUGUAUCUUGAUUUUUUUAUUAUUAUUUUUUAAUGUGCCUUGUCUUUUUGACUAGGCUCUGCAGGAUUGCACUAGCUCCAUAAUGCAGUAAAGCUGAUAACUGAAGAUUAAUUUUUGAAAGGGAUCUUCCAUUAUUUUCA